AUGGUUGAUGGAAUUGUUACAGCAUAUUUAUAUAUUAAUCGUGGUGUCCCUCAAGGUACCGUUUUAGGCCCAGUUCUUUUCUCAUUAAUGGUUGAUGAUAUUAAAACUGCUGAUUCUAGUAAUGCGUUAGUCAAAUUUGCUGACGAUUUGACGUUAGGAGUGCCUGGCAACGAAAGUUGUGGCACAUCUCGAUCUGAAGCUGCCUGUUUACAGAAUUGGGCCGAAGAGAAUAGAAUGCCCUUAAACUUGGAAAAAAAGUAUGAAAUGGUUGUUUGCAGACACACCUCUGUAGUUUUGCCUGAGCUUAUCCCUUCAAUUAAGCGAAAAACAUGGCUAAAGCUUUUAGGAGUUACUCUACAAAAUAAUCCGCGCAACUGGGAUUUGCACUUCGAAGAAAUGCUCAAAAAAGCAAGUGGACGAAUGUACAUAAUGAGAGUUUGCAAAUACUAUGGACUAUCAAUUAAACAAUUAGAUCUGCUGUUUGAAAGCCUAAUUAUGUCGAUAUUCACUUUUGCCAUUGAGCUGUGGGGUUGUGCAUAUGACGGUAAAUAUUUGAACCAAAUAGAUAAAUUCAUUAAACGUGCACAUAAGAAUGGUUAUAUAUCAAAACGAACACACAUUAAAGAAAUACGUGAUAAGAGAGAUAAGAAAUUGUGGAACAAAAUAACAUCAACUGAGGACAAUGCAUUGCUUGAACUGCUGCGGAAAAAAGAAGUAGGUUACUUAGGCCUAGAGGGCAUGAGUAUGAACUCCCCCUAG